CCUUCUUCACCUUACCUCACCUCACCUUUACCCUCUCCUUCUACUCUAUCCCACCUUUCUUCUACCUUUUCUCCAUCAGCGAAAACAAAAGUUCUUCCAUUCUUUACUCUCUCAUUUACGGCAAUUUCAAUUGCCUUUUAGUGCUUCGCACUUCGUUCUACCUAGCUGUUUUGGAGCUUGCUGCGACUGGUGGUCUCUUGAAACAGAGCUCCCCAGUAGCCCGACUCCCAAGCAGGUUGUUCUUGACAUUUGAAAGCUUGGUUAUUGUCGCAUAAAGGGCGCCUUCCUUCACGGCAAGGCGAGUUUGACAGAAAUGUCCACCCCAAACGACCUUCAGGCUCUCUUUGCGAGCAUCAAGCCGCGUCCGUCGCAAUCUCACGACGGUCGGCCAUCACCGCAGGGGUUUCCCGCCUCUGGUAUGCGGUCAGGUAGCCAGCAAUAUGACGGGCAAAGGGGAGCAGGCGGUCAACACUCGCAAACGCCCUUUUUCUCGCAGCUUGGCUAUCACAAUCCUUCUGUCUCGUCACCGCUCUACAGCCCUGGUCCUGCUAAUACUCCUCCACACCACUCCUCCGACAUCAUCAGUCCCAACGUUCCAACACCACGGGGUGACCAACAACGGACCACGAGCUCGGAUCAGACUAUCAAUUUGCUCAAUCUUUUAAAGUUUAGUCAAAAUAAACCCUCCUCUCAGACUGCCAUGGGGUCAUCGCCGUCUCUGCCGGUAGAUCAGCAAGAGACCGGUGUGUCUGAGCCCCAGAAGUCUCAUUCGAGAGGUAUCUCAGCGUCAGACCUCGUUGCUUCGUUCAUGUCAAAACCCACCGCCACUGCUUCUGAGUCGCCUGCUGCGAAGCCGCCAGCCCCGUCUACCACGGAUCACGGCAAUGCUGCUGAAGGUUCUGCAACGGCUGCAGAGACACAGGACAUGCUCUUGCGUCUUUUGGGUCGAACUCAAUCCAAGGCGGAAGAAGUCAAUCGCGUGUUCCAGGACUCUUCUGAAUCUCAACCAACAUCGCCUGAAGUCUCGGCUCAAACUGCAGCCGCCGCGGGCCAGUCAAUGAUGCAUGUUUUUGGUUCUCCCAAGACCAAGGAUUCCAUAAAUUUUGAAGCACCACAGCCAGAUCCAUCCAAGGGCAGUCUAUUCACCUACGUUAAUCCUUUCGAACAGCUAGCUGCUGCCUCACCUCGUCGCACUCCUCAGCCAAAAUCUCGCAGUGGCAGUCCUGCCGUUGAGCCCUCUCGUCACAAGGAAACGAAGAGUGUUCUAGACUCUAAGCCUAAAGCCGCACGUUCAGAAUCCCCCGUUAAGCCAACUCCGGCGGAGGGAAAACAACCAGAACAGAAAAAAGAAACCGUGUCUAAAGCUGUGGGUGAACUUGCUGAAAAGUUAGACCGCGAAGUUGAGGAUGCUCUGAGUAGAUUGGCACGUACAAAGGUGGACGAAAAUGUUCCCAAGAACGUCCUUUCUGCUGUUGCGAACGAGCUUCCCACGACCGCAGAAGAGGUGAUGAAAGAAAUAGAUGAGCAAGAGGAGAAGGGCACGUUGAAUGAAAUCAUUCCUGAACCUUAUGUCGAAACUGUCAAGGAAGUGGUUGAGGAAGUAGCCAAAGGAAAGGCUACUGAUGAAAAUAUAGCUGAUAGUUGGGAAAGCGCUGAAGACAGUGCUGAGAAGGGCGAGUCUCGCACCGUGCCCGUUUAUAACUUUCCUCUCAGGCCAUUUAUUUCCAUUGUCUUGAAGCCGGACACGAACAAGUUACCGUCAUUCCGAGUUGAUGGCAUCAUGGAUGUUGCUCGUUUGAAGAAAGAAUUCGAUCAGCUUGACCGCUGCUUGACUUCUGCAACUGCCGAAUACAUCAUCUAUGCCUUGGCGAAGAACGGUGGCUUACGAAUCAUCCGUCAGGACGAUGGACACGACAAGCAGAUUUUCCGUUUCGCCCGUGACCGUCUUUUCAACGUUGCUUUGAGCCGUACUGCGCCCUCUAGCCCAUCGAAAGACCAAGCUGUCCUUGCCAUUGGUGUCAGCGGUUCCGUAUAUUGGGCUCCAAUCUACCGAGCUGAUAACGACUUAUUUGAGAUGGAUACCGUCGAAAGUGAAUGCCUUAUUUUCCCACCUUAUCCUUCGUCUGACGAGAACACAUCUGGUGGCCAGCUGAAAACGCGCGCUAAACCAAGUUCUCGCCAUACGGAAUUCUUCGGCAUUGGUCGUGGUAAAAAUAUCUAUAUUGUGUCCCCCCAGUAUGCCGCCCAUCCAAAUUACGGAGUAUCUGGGUCGAAGCGAGUUGUCGAUACUGAAAAGUUCUUCAAGGAGCAUGCGCUUAAGAUCUCCACUGGCAAGGCUGGGAAGGACUUCACCUUUAGUGAAGAUGAUUCAGUCGUGGCAUCUCUUGAUAAGACCGGGAGGUUGAGGUUCUGGGAUAUUCGCGAGGUUGAUCUUAUAUUAGCUGGAUCUCCUCCACCUGAGGUUCGCAUUCCUCUUGCAACGUUUGUCACAGGCUCUCCGAAUGAGAAAUCAUGGCCCACGUCGGUAUUGUUCAUAGAUAAAAUGCGUCCUUUUGUCAAAGCCGUUGCUCUUCGUUAUGUUCUCGUUGGUUUGAAGCAGAACCAUACGCUUCAAUUGUGGGACAUCGGCCUUGGUAAGGCUGUCCAAGAAAUCAACUUCCCACAUGAAAAAGAGUCCGAUGCAAUUUGUAGCGUUGCUUACAACCCUGCUUCGGGUUUCAUUGUCGUGGGCCAUCCUACGAGGAACUCAAUCUACUUGCUACAUCUGUCUGCACCUAAAUAUAAUCUGCAGCCUAUGUCUCAAGCAGUCUAUAUUAAGCGUGUCACUGAAAAGGAUGCUACACUUCCAAAACCAGACUCCACGGCUUGCUUGAGUGGCAUUCGCGAAGUGUCUUUCGCAUCCAAGGGGCAAUUUAGAAGUCUCGAUCUUCUCCCUAUCAACAAGUCUACGGGCGCACAGCGCAAUGUUGAAGAAGAAGUGGGGCUGUUUGAAAUAUACGCAAUGUAUUCGCGUGGUGUGACUUGCUUGAAUGUUAAAAAAGAAGAUGUGGGCUUGACUUUUGAGAAUAAGACCAUCAAGCCUAUUGAUGCUCUUCAGGAGGGAUACAUUGAAGUCAAUGAUCUUCAGACUUUCCCCAGCUACGCCAUUGACGAACCUUCUAUCAAUGGCGACUCUGUUGGUACUACUCCGCAGAAAAACACUCCUAAGGAUGCCGGGAAGAAGCCGGUAGACCUUACUGUCGAUUCUGCAUCCAAUGUCACAGCCUCUCGCGCUGUAUCGCCUGUGAAGCCGUUGGCCAAAUUGUCCGCCGAUGAGCAGUCGGAAGUGGCCAGCGGUGCUGAUAAGGGGAAGAAGAAAAAGAAGGACAAGUCAAAGGAUGCUAAGCCGGUGGCUUCUCCGGCCCACGAUCUUAACAAGUAUUUCACACCUGCCAAGUCGACUGUUCCGGUUAAAGAGGAAGCGACAUCAAGUGCUGAUCAAGCUCGUACUCCGGCCGUCAGUGGUGGAGAAUCUCUCAAUGUGGGAAUUACUCAUGAAUUGAUCAAACAACUUGAGAAAGAAAUCGCGGAUGAAGUUUCGAAGAAGAUUGGUCGCCAACUUGAGGACCUUCACAAACGUUUUGAUGAAGAAUGUCGCGCAUGGGAUGCCGCAUCCACUGCAAGGACUGACCAGGUUCUUCGACUUGUAUCUAGUACUUUGUCUGAAAAUGUUGAGAAGAAUCUAUCUCGCAUCAUCAAAGAUAGCAUUCAAGCUGAUGUGUUGCCUGCGGUUGUCAGCUCAACUUCUACGGCUAUCAAUAAGCAAAUAAGUGAAGCUGUUUCGAAACAGCUCAGCCACAUUUUCCCCCGUGAGCUACGCCAAAUUUUACCGGAUUCUAUUUGCAGAGCAGUCAAACAACAGGAGGUAUUGCGAUCGCUUUCAGAUGCUGUUGGCAGCAAAAUCGCCUAUCAGGUCGAGGCCGAGUUUGCCAAAUCUGCGCAAAAUGUUGUUACCCCUUCAAUCAAGACUGCGAUAGCUCGUCACUCUGAGACAGUUGUGAAAGAUAUUGAACAGCAGUUCCAAGCACAGUCGAAACAAAAUGAGUUGCAGCGCAAGCAAGACGUGGCUAAGAUUGACCAGCUGACCAGUCUUGUUCAAAAUUUGAAUGAGUCUAUCACAGUGAUGGCUGCCUCUCAUACUGCAUUACAGAACGACUUUGCAGCACUCCAGCGUCAGGUAGAAUCUCAACCACAAGCCAGUGCUCAGCCAGCACGUACUCCGGUAUCCCCUCAGGGCACUCCUGAGGAGAUCGAAUUAGCAGAGGUUAUUCAAUUGGCGGAAGCAGGAAACCUCGAGGAGGCAUCAGUUAGGUGGUUGCAAUCAUCCCAGCAGGCCGACCUCUUCGACAACUUCUUCGUUCGUUUGAACCCAGCAUAUUUAAGCACUUUGUCGCCGAUUGUUGCAUUAUCUGUCGGAGUGGCAGUAACUACGUCUCUCAAUACAAAUGUUCAAGAGCGACUGGUCUGGCUUGAAUAUGUGCUACAGACUGUAAACCUUAGUGAUCCUGAUAUCCGCGACGUCUCACCAAAGAUCAUGGAUAUUCUCAUUCAACGUCUGGAUGGCCUGUAUAUGGCCGCGGCUGAAAAGAAUCCACAUGACGUUGUUCUUCGCAAGAUUCCCCCACUGUCUCGCCGUGCUCGGGAACUUCGAGGAUUUUGAGUAUUACGACCAGAUGUUGCAUUUUGGUGGUAAUAUUGACAUGUCUAUGAAUUAUCGCUUGAAAUGACAUCGCUGGGGUAUCUUGUAUUCAAUUUUAGCAUCAUUCAUAUCAAUGGAGAAUUCUAGUACUUAUGCUCGGCAUGACGGGUAGAAAGGGCUAUAAGCUGUAUGGUAGAUAGUUCUAGCAAAGCUCGCUUCAUUCAAGAUAAUACCAAAA